CCCAGAUCUAUAAUCAUAACACAGGAUAUUCCGCAAGUACUUUCGUUUUGUCAAUCAACAGCUAUAUAUUCACUUGAAAUUUGAAAUUCUAUGGAGAUGUAGGAUAACAUACUUAUUAAGAAGUUCUAAAUUACAGUAUUGUGUCUUGGACAAGAAAUCAUGUUAAGAAAGAAAACUUCGGUUUACUUCUCCUUUCUCUUUUUUAUUUCAUCCUAUUCCAUGCCACAAACUGACGAGCCUCGUCAGUGUAGGAUUAUUCAGGACAAACAAGCACUCAAAUUGCCACACGGGAUACCAGAAUUUUUGACGAGUAAAGACAAGGAACUGUGCCGGGAAAGAGACUCAAAUAGCAAGUCUUUACAAUGUGGUAACACUGGUAUUUAUAUUAAACCUGAAUGUGUUUGCUCAUUUUACAAUGUAUAUGAAGCAUUCUAUCAUCCACAUUCAUCUUGUCCUGGCAAUGUGAAGUCAGACGAUGUUACAUUAUUGACAUGUAUCGAUUGUAUGAAAUACAGCUUACGAAACAAUGGCCCGUGUAUUAAUGGUGGGAAUCUUACUUGUGAUGAGACUAAUCCUGAUGUAAAGGCACCAGAGAUCACAUGUGAUUGUCCACCUGAAUUCGGAGGGAUGUUCUGUGAAAAUAAAAUGGAAAAGGUUACAAGAAUUUGUGAUAGAAUUGAAAAUGCAUCGUCUCUUAAUCUGAAGAACUGUGAUGUUACAAAAAUGGACUGCAUUACGUACAGUGAAAAUAAACGAUAUACAUAUAAGUGUACUGAAAAAUCUGCGACAACCCAACAAGGACAAGUUAACUUGCCACUCUGUAGAGAAACGGAAAUAUAUUCCACCCAGGUGAAUUCAGUAGUAAAUACAGUGGUAAUUGCAGGGUCUGACAUCAAUAACAAGAGUAGACUGUCCGAUCAGCAUGCCAUAUCAGGUACCACGACAACGAAGUCUUCUGUUACAAUCAUUUUACUUAAUCUUUACACACUGCUGCAAAUUUGAAGAGUUAACAGCUGAA